GAGAAACAAGUAAAUUUUCCAAAAACACUAAUUUGAUAAAUAUAUAUAUUUUUUUUAAAACAUAUUUUGAUAAUAUAUUUUCAAAACUCACAAAGAAGCAAGCAAUAAAAAGCAACGUGGAUUACAUGGUUGGGCUUAGUUAAAAAGGCCCAAACAAGAAAUUAAGAGUGGCCCAGCAAUGGAAAGACCUUAAGUUACCUAGAAUCCAUUCAUUUUCCAAAAACACUAAUUUGAUAAAUAUAUAUUUUUUUUAAAACAUAUUUUGAUAAUAUAUUUUCAAAACUCACAAAGAAGCAAGCAAUAAAAAGCAACGUGGAUUACAUGGUUGGGCUUAGUUAAAAAGGCCCAAACAAGAAAUUAAGAGUGGCCCAGCAAUGGAAUAAAUAAAUCAGAAGGAGCAUUGGAGGCUUAGGGUUCUUCACACGAAACAAGGUGGCAAGCAGCAGUCUCUCUGCUUUCCGGGCUGACUGACUGCUGUACGGAAAUCAAUCAAGGCAGCAUCUGCACGUUGAUCAAGGGUCUAGUUCACGCACAAUCAUCUACCUACCAGUGUUGUCGGGCAUGUCAACAUUAUCCUCAUCAUCAGAUCAGUCACGGGCGCCAGGGAAGGCACCCGCAGUUACGCGUUCACCCCCGCGCCAUGUAGAGACGCAUGCUGCUUCUUGUAAGAGACUUGCUCAGGGCGGGGAGUCGUCUUCCCGACCCACCCAUGCAACACCAGUUAACCCAGUUAGCACCCAGACCGAAUCCGCAUUGAUAAGAGCCCUUAAGGAAUACAACCGAAUUUUAAUAGAACAGAAUCAGGCUUUGAUAGAACAAAAUCAGGUCUUGCAGGGACAAGUUACUACCUUGCAAGGGCGGGUUGAAUCACAAGAAGAGCAACUACAGGUGCUCUAUGGGAGAACAGAUGAGUUGAAACAAGAAUUCUUAAAAGGUUGUGAAGUACGCGGUCUAUUAAUGGAAGAUGCUCGUUUGGAUAGGAAUAGAAUUAAUUGGCUUGAUGGAAGAUUAGAUGAGAUGGCAUGGAGGGUUCUUCAAUUAAAGGACCCAGGGCCAACGCCACCAUCACCUGCACCAGAGCCAGCUCCAGCCCCGGCAUCUCCCGAGCCGGAGGAAGAUCCUGAUGAAGAGUCGGAAGAGAUUCCGGAGGAUGGGCCCGAAGAAUAAGAGGGGGAGCCGGAGGAGGUUCCGGCGGAUGACGAAGACGAGGACAGUGGUGAUGACCUCAGAGAUGGGGACGUGGAUGACUGACCCAUUCUCCCGUUUCUUUAGUUUUCUUUUUAUGGUUAAACUGUGGAAUUUAAUAGUUGAAAUUUAAAUGUUGGAUUAUUAUUUUGUGAUGAAAAUUGCAAUUUAUUUAUCGGAUAUUUUUAUUUAAUUAUUUCA